AUGCGGGUGCUGCUGAUUUGGAGUGUGCUUCUGGGGGCUGCCCUGGGCAGUGAGGACUUUGUGGGGCACCAGGUGCUCCGAAUCUCUGCAGCCAAUGAGGCCCAAGUACAGAAGGUAGCGGAGCUACAGGACCUGGAGCACCUGCAGCUGGACUUCUGGCGGGGCCCUGCCCGACCUGGCUCCCCCAUCGAUGUGCGAGUGCCCUUCCCCAGCAUCCAGGCCGUGAAAAUCUUCCUGGAGGCCCACGGCAUCAGCUACGAGAUCAUGAUCGAAGAUGUGCAGACGCUGCUGGACGAGGAGCAGGAGCAGAUGUUUGCCUUCCGGGCCCGGGCCACCUCCACGGACACCUUCAACUAUGCCACCUACCACACGCUGGAGGAGAUCUAUGACUUCAUAGACCAACUGGUGGCUGAGCACCCACAGCUCGUCAGCAAGAUCCAGAUUGGCAACACCUAUGAAGGCCGGCCCAUUUACGUGCUGAAGUUCAGCACCGGGGGGAACAACCGUCCCGCCAUCUGGAUUGACACGGGCAUCCAUUCCCGCGAGUGGGUGACCCAGGCCAGCGGGGUGUGGUUCGCCAAGAAGAUCACUGAAGACUAUGGCCAGGACCCAACCGUCACCUCCAUUCUGGAUAACCUAGAUGUCUUCCUGGAGAUCGUCACCAACCCUGAUGGUUUUGCCUUCACCCACAGCCAGAACCGCAUGUGGCGCAAGACUCGGUCGCUCACGUCGGGCUCCUUCUGUAUCGGGGUGGACCCCAACAGGAACUGGGACGCUGGCUUUGGGAAAGCCGGCGCCAGCAGCAACCCCUGCUCAGACACUUACCACGGCAAGUCGGCCAACUCCGAGGUGGAGGUCAAGUCCAUCGUGGACUUUGUGAAGAACCACGGGAACAUCAAGGCCUUCAUCUCCAUCCACAGCUACUCCCAGCUCCUCCUCUACCCCUACGGCUACACCUCCGAGCCAGCCCCUGACCAGGAAGAGCUGCAUCAGGUGGCCAAGUCUGCCGUGACGGCCCUGGCCUCUCUGUACGGGACCAAGUACCAGUACGGCAGCAUCAUCGACACCAUCUAUCAAGCCAGUGGAAGCACCGUGGACUGGACCUAUAACCAGGGCAUCAAGUAUUCCUUCACCUUUGAGCUCCGCGACACCGGGCGCUACGGCUUCCUGCUGCCAGCCUCCCAGAUCAUCCCCACGGCCCAGGAGACGUGGCUGGCGCUUCUCACCAUCAUGGAGUACACCCAGACCCACCCCUACUGA